AUGCAGUCAGCAGAGUUAAACUACGAUAUCCACGACAAAGAGAUGUUAGCAAUCAUAAGUGCGUUGGAAGAAUGGAGACCAGAGCUCGUUGGAUUGCAGCGUGAGGAUCGAUUCAAGAUACUGUCAGAUCAUAGAGCAUUGGAGUAUUUCAUGACUUCAAAGAAGUUGAACGCUCGGCAAGCCCGCUGGUGUGAAUUUCUCCACGAUUACUUCUUCGUCCUGAAGUAUCGACCCGGUAGGGUAAACGUCCUGGCAGAUACAUUGACCCGCCGAGAAGGCGCAGUAGUGGAAAGGAAUCUUGAUCAUCGACACCAAACCCUACUCCCACAAGAAGUUCUGGACACUGAGAUAGUAGAAGAAUUAGGACUCUCAACUGUCGCAGCUAUAGAGACAUCAGUGGACAUCCUCUCUAGAGUAACCCUGGCUAACCGAGAAGCGGCACUAUUAGAGAAAUGGGAAGUAGUGGCCUCUGAGCGAAAGGACUGGUCAAUAUCAAAUGGCAGACUCCUAUAUCAAGACCGGUUGUACGUGCCAGAUGAUGGAGACCUACGGGCUAGGUUAUUAGACGUGAUUCAUCGUCAGCCGUCCACCGCGCAUCCUGGAAAGAACAAGAUGAGGAUUUUAGUCAAAGAGCGCUUCUACUGGGAUACAUAG